AUGUCGAGCGGGACGCCGGUCCAUCAUCGCCAUGCGACUCCGAAGCCCACCGUGGCAGAGCGGCUGCAUGGGCAUAAGGAGGCGCCCCCGCAGGUGAUACCUAUGACCAAUGUUAUGCCAGGGGACAGUCUCUUCGUCACGGGGGACCAAUUCCAGUCCGCUAUGAGUGUGAUAAGAACUGUUAUAGGCGGGACCGGGAAAUCAGGCGCAACGUUUCCCAUACUACCAGAAGACGGCAGCACUAUGCAGGCCUUUUUGCUGCGCAUCGAGCGCCGGUACAUCCAGAUGGGAUUGAAGCCGCGCUAG